AUGCCUAUCAAAGAAAACUCAAAAGAAAAAGACAAAGAAAAAUCGCAAAAAAUAUUGUCAGAAACAGGUGAAAUUUCUUUAUCAGCACCAAGAGCAAAUUUGCCAAUGGAUGACUGUAAUGGAACGCAGACGCGACAGUCGACCAGUAGCAAUCAACGUUUCCUGGAAAUCAAACCAGGAAAGGAUCAUCAAUUUUGCAUUUGGUGCGUCAGUUACAGCUUGCAGUCCGAGAGACAGGCAAAAUUUAUGUGCACUCCGGAGAGAGAACGACCAACACCUUCUUCCCCGGGAUCAGCACGGAAAUGUUAUCCCGAAACGAGAGACUUGGGAGUUCGGGAACUGCGCGGAGAUGAAUGCCUGGACUUCUUUAUGCUAGUGGAGACCAGAUCUCCAAAUAAAGACUCGAACAAUAUCAGUACUCAGCAGAGAAAUAAAGGAACCAUGCAACAAUUGCAGAGCUAUCCAGAAUUGGUUGCUACAUUAAAGAAUGACCGCAAGUUUCAUGAUUUCUAUGAACAUACAGAUGGAUGGCUAAUUGAUCAAGAAAAUAAGGAACACUUCAAUGAAAAGUAUGGUAUCACCAAUAUCCACCCGCUGUAUGUAGAUCAUUCUGGAAUGGUUGUUUCUUUUUUAGAUGAUCGCG